AUGGACUUAAGCACCAAGAAUAUGCAUUAUUGGGUGCUUAUCAGGGAGCCGGUGUGGCUCCCGGCGGUGAGCCGGAAUGUGGCUCCCGGAGAGUUUUUUGGGUGUGUGAAGAUCAAAGAAAUGGCAUCAAUGAAGGCUGAAAAUCAGUGGGCACUCAACUCUUUGGAACAACGUGAAGCAAUCAAAAGUAAGCUAGCUUUGGGAGAGCGCUUGGUGGAGCCAUCAAAACACACGGGAAUUUUUCUCUUAUUUUAUUGUGCACCCCUGGUAGACGAUGUGAGCAUGGAACCUGGGUUCCAGAAGAUCUUACAGAAACUUUUAUGGAAACCAUGUCAGUCCCAUGACUACCAUCUUUCCGUUCCUUCAUGGAUGCAGGCAAAUUUGGUGAAGAUUCUUCUUGCCAAGGAGUUGAUCGAUGAUCUUAAGAAUAGUGAUGUUUGCAUGACUGUUAGACUUCAAAUAGUUUAUGGAAAAUUAAGCGUUCUUUUUGUACAUAGUGCUUUCGAAGAAUCUGUUGGAAACAGACUACAAAAGUUUGCUGGGUCAGACUCGUCAGAUAACAAAGAAUUGCUUCAAAGGUUCACAUCAUUUUUUAAAGACGAAUACAUGAUUCCUCGGGGAUCUACAAUUGAUCUUUCAAGGGAACUGGGCAAUAUGGUUCACACAAUAGUUGAUGGAAAGGAGGUGGGAAGUAUCCAGAGUAAUUUUCUUGGUUGGUCAAUUUUAGAUUUGUACAUUGGUGAUAAUCCAUUUGACCGAAAAGCUAAAGAAGAGAGAGCGAAACCUGGCUUCUCUAUUUCAGCAGUAGAUAUUUCAUUCUUCAAAACCUACAGAAUAAUGUCCAAUGAGAAAUUGCCCUUCGCACUCAGCAUUGAAGAAUUUUACCUGGCCAGUUAGAUAGUAUUGAGUAAUUUUAAACCUAUGUGGGAUGGGAAUCCUUUUGGAGUGUUGUUACGGAAAUGUGCUAUGCGACUCUUUCUUCAUA